AAACCGGUUGCCGCACUAACGAUUCCGAAAGCUGAUGAGGUAAAGGUCAGGCCUCGCGCGCAAUACAAAGCACUGCGAACACCCUUGACGCCAGUGUCAGGAGAGGCUCUUACAUCGCUUCUUAAUAUGAUAAAACAGGUUCCUGAUGACGAGAUGAACAAACUGCACAUGGAGAGGCUCCAAGAGAAGAUGAACGACGAAGCCAAACCUCGCCGAUCGACUAAGUCGGUGGUACUGGGCAAGGCGAAGAUCAUGAGCUAUGAGGACCUUAAAGAGGCACGAGAGAAGCGUGUUGCGAGGGAUGCC